AUGGCGAAAGGCGAAGUCGAUGCUCAGCAAGAGCUAGAGGAUGCAUUUGAAGCGAAAGAUUUGGAUGGAUUUAAACGUGCCAUCACACGUGGUGCUCAGCCCAACCUCAGCUCAAAAAGGGAUGAGGACAAUCAACUGAGCAUCUUUGAGAAGGCUUUAUCAACAAGAGACUGUGCUAAAUUUAUAGAAACGUGUCUCGAUGCUGGCUGCGAUCCCAAUUACGUUAAUUCGGAGCUUAAUAAAGCUGUCAUCCACUAUGCAAUCGAUUCAGGAAUCGGUUCAGCAGGCGAAUUUGAUGACUGCAAUCUUUUCGUGCUGGUAUAUCGACCCAACUCCAAAGUAGAUCUUGAUCACAUGUACGAGCGGGAAACAGCAUUAAGUAGAUUAAUCAAAAGUCUGGAAGUAGAGAAUCCACCUGAUUGCUAUCACGCCAUUCGAUUGCUAUUAAACAAAGGUGCUUCACCGAAUAUUGCCGAUUCUAAUGGCAAAACUCUCAUGCAACAAGUGCUACUCAACGAAAAAAUCUCACAAGGGCUACAAACGCUUUUGAUCUCGGUGUUUGUAAAGGCACCCAAACUCAGUCCGCGUCCGCUACUCAGUCAGCAUGUUUUGCUAAUACCCGACACUCUGGCGCAAUACCAAAAGACCAUUGUAAACUGGGAUAAUAAGAAAAUGUUGCGACAUUUACUCAUGGAGCACAUCACAUUCCAUACUGAGAAUGCACUCGAAGCAGUGCUUGCCACCCUGGAAAAGAAUUCGCCACAGGAAAAUGAAUAUCUUGUGGAAUUGGCUGUCAAAGUUAAUAACUGGUCAACUGUUCUACAAUUGCUUAAGAGCGAAUAUCUCAACCUGAUGCCCAAGGGUACGCUUCUAAAAACUAUGAUUAUGCAGGUGAAAUUAAAAUUACUGAUCAAUGACCUGCGGCGCAACGAAUACCAGAAAUGUUUGCAGCAAUUGUUUAAGGUUCAGCUGCAGCAUAUCAAUGACUUCGAUGAUCAGCACAAAACGCUUCUGCAUUAUGCGGUGCUCUGUCGCAAUGAGAUUGCCAUAAGAGUGCUCUUGAGGGAGGGCGCCAGAUUGGGAGUGCGCAAUGACAAGAAUCGCUUGUUGAUCGAGGAUAUCGAUGCCAAGCUUCUGGAGGAGCAUUUCGAUUACUGCAUCUUUGGGCGAGGUGAGAAGACCAGCCACGAGGAUUACGAGAUCAUCAUGAACUAUCUGAAUAUGACCAACAAGUACAACGAACUCGAUAUUGCUCCCAUUGCCUGCAUGGCCCGGUCGAAGGAGCUGUGUCCGCUGUUGGAGCAUCCGUUGAUCACCUGCUUUCUAAAGCUGAAGUGGAGUCGACUCACCACGAUCUUCUUCACCCACUUUAUCAUCAAUAUCAUCUUAUGUUUGAUAUUGGGGAUCCAUAUUUGGUUGCGUUUCCCUAAACGUAAUAAUAACGAGCUUUACAUAUGGAUUGUUAAGAGUCUGUUCCAAGUGCUGAUUGGCUAUCUUCUUAUAGUGGAAGUCAUUUCCUUAGUGAUAAUCAAGCAUUGGUCGCGCAGUAUAAUCGAUUUUAUUCUGAUUUUUAUGCUCAUCCUCACAAACAUCGAGUGUGGAGAUGACAUCCAAAGGAUUAUUACCGUUUUCGCCAUUAUGCUUAUGUCCACCAAACUGAUUGAUCUGUGCCUUUCAUAUCGACCCACAUGCGCAUGCUGCGCCAGCUUCAGCUUGUGCUUCUAUGUGCUGUUCUCCAAACCGAGCUCUACGAAUUCACCGAAUUCCUCGGAUUUAGCGAAUUCUACGAAUUCAGCGAAUUCUACGGAUUUAGCGAAUUCUACGAAUUCAGCGAACUUAACCGGUUCAGCAAACUCAACAGAUAAUGAUUUCAGACUCUCUUAUGCGGAUCUUAAAUUAUCGUUUAUCAAGACACUUGUUAUGUUCAAUAGUCAAUAUGAUAAUAUCGACGCUAAUGGGUAUUUCUGUAUUUUUGUGAUGAUCAUAUUCAUGUUUAUGGUCAUGGUCCUCACCAACUUACUGGGCGGCCUGGCUGUCGGCGAUACGCAGGAAGGAAGGAAUAACGCCAACAUUAUAGACGAUAUAGCCAUGUCCAUCUGUCACUCCGUCUAUCCGAACACCUAG